CGAUGCAAACAUGGCUACCUCCGUAGCAGAAGACAUAUCCCUGCCCUGUUCUAAAAGCUUUCAGAGUACCAUAGAAGAGAGCAUACUGCAACUUGGGGAGCUGGAUCUUACAUCUGAAGAUUUUCUGUUGGAUGAAGUUGACUCACACAUUCAACAAAAUCUUGAAGAUGAAAUUGUAAAGGAGGCUUUGAAUAAGGGUGUCGACUUGCGUCAGUAUUCCAAACAGGUAGAACGAGAACUCUUGGAAGUGGAAAAUGCCUCAAUCCAGGACUAUAUCAAGGAGAGCCAGAACAUAGCCAGCCUACAUAGCCAAAUAGCAGCUUGUGAUGGAAUCUUAGAGCGAAUGGAGCAGAUGUUGAAUGGCUUCCAAAGUGACUUAAGCAGCAUCUCCACAGAAAUACAGUCUCUGCAGGACCAGUCCAUUGCCAUGAACAUCAAACUGAAGAACAGGCAGGCUAUCCGAGGAGAACUCAGCCAAUAUGUUGAUGAGAUGGUUAUACCAGAAUCAAUGAUAAGUCACAUUCUAGAGACUCCAGUGACAGAGGAUGAGUUCAAAGAGCAGCUGCACGAGCUCAAUCACAAGAUCAAAUUUGUUAAGGAGCAGGCAUUUAGAGAUGCUCGUGCCUGUGGCGAUGUCAAGGACAUUCUGGAAAGGCUCAAAGUCAAGGCUCUGGCAAAAAUCAGGGAAUUCCUGCUACAGAGAAUCUAUGCCUUCCGUAAACCUAUGGCCAACUACCAGAUUCCACAGAAUACAUUGCUGAAAUUUAGGAUAUUUAAUGAGUUUUUAAUGACCAAUGAACGUCAUGUUGCCAAAGAAGUGCGUGACGAGUAUGUGGACACGAUGAGCAAGGUCUAUUAUUCAUAUUUCAAGAGCUAUUCAAGCAGGCUAAUGAAACUCCAGAGGUCCCUUUUGAAGCUGUUUGAGGAAGUGGCUACAAGGGAUGAUCUCAUGGGGGUUGAAGACACAGCAAAGAAAGGUUUUUUUUCGUCAAAACCACAACUAAAAAACAGGUCCACUGUCUUCACGCUAGGCAACCGUGGUGAUGUGCUGACAACUGGCUUAGAGGAGCCAGUCAUCAUACCCCAUGCUGCCGCCAAGAACGAAACAAGGUACACAUUCGAGAUGCUGUUCCGAAGCCUGCACUUUGCACUGAUGGACAACUGCUGCCGGGAGUACUUGUUCCUGUGUGAUUUCUUCAUCGUGUCUGGCACAGGCGCCCAGAGCCUCUUUGAUGCUAUUUUUGGGAAAACUCUCACCAUGUUCAUGAAACAAAUGGAAGAGUAUGUUGGUGACAGCUACGACUCCAUUGCAAUGUUCCUGUCAGUGCACAUUGUUUAUCGAUACCGUGCCAUCAUGGCUAAAAGAGGAAUACCUUGUCUGGACAGAUACUGGGAGGCACUGCUCAAUACCAUGUGGCCAAGGUUUGAGUACAUCCUGCACCUCAACAUACAGAGUGUCCGUGAGUGUGAGCCUCAAAAACUGGGACACAUCGACUGUCGACCACACUAUAUCACGCGACGCUACGCGGAGUUUUCGGCAGCCAUUGUGGGCGUGGACCAGACGUUCCGCGAGCGGGUGGGGCGGGUGCUGGGCCAGCUGCAGGCUGAGGUGGAGAACUUCGUCCUCAAGAUGGCUGCUCAGUUCCAGCAGCGGCGGGAGCAGCUCAUUUUCCUUAUCAAUAACUACGAUAUGAUGCUGGCCGUGCUAGUGGAACGGACGUCGGAGGACUCCAAGGAGGCGGAGGUGAUCCGCGACCUGCUGACUGCUCGGACAGGCGAGUACGUGGAGGAGGUGCUGGCCCCACACUUCGGCGGUAUGAUCACCUUCGUCAGAGACUGCGAAAACCUGGUGGACAAGGGGCAGUUGGACACAUUCGCUAACCAAGAGAAGCGUGUGCAGCAGAUAAUUCGGGGAUUCAACAACGACUGGAAGAAGGCGCUUGAAACCAUCAACCAGGAGGUGAUGCGAGCCUUCACCAACUUCAAGAACGGCACACAGAUACUACAGGGAGCCUUGACGCAGCUGAUCCAGUAUUACCACCGCUUCCAAAAAGUCAUGUCCCAGGGACCCUUCCGCAGCAUGCAGGUCCGCAACGAGCUCAUCAAUAUUCAUCACGUUAUGGUGGAGGUCAAGCGGUACAAGCCAACCUUCUGACCCGACCCGCUUCACUUUGCAGCCUGCAUCCAACCGUACUGUAAUGGAUCGUACUCAUGUAGUCGUCAAUCAACCAUGCCUUGCCCUUCGACCUCAGCGCGCAGUUGCCGUUGAAUGGUGCGCGAUGUUUUGCUGACAGAACAGGUGGGAAAUGUGAUGGAGAGGAAGGGAAAUCUGUGAUCUUCUGCGGGAGCAGGAAAUUGCAUUCCUCAACAGGCCUAGCUGCCUUUGCUUUAGUGGCUGACUUCACUUUGGUGGUGAUCAAAAGUGCUGUGCAUCUCGUAACGAUCCUUCGGUAAGGACGUUACAAUGCGGCACAACUCUGGAAGAUGUUUGAGUUACGGUCAUUGUAAGGCGCUCUGUUUCCUUGCGCUUGCAUGUGUGAUAUAUAUAUAUGGGUGUUUGUGUGUGUGUUCGCGCACGGAUGAGGAAAGGUUUGGUAAAAUUAUUUAUGCUUGCAUGGAAAUUAUUAUUAAGGGUAUCCAUGAUGGUAUCGACCAGAGAGCGUGCAUGCGAAAAAGAGAGGGGAGAGUGUGUAGAAGCACCUUAACUGAGUGGGCACUACUACCUGUGCUCACAGUAAGGAAAUAAAAUAUUAAUAAAAAUAAUUCUAUCCCCA